AUGGACUUGUCGAUAGCUAGACGGUGGUGCGUGGCCUUGACGACCGACACCCACGACCGACGAGGAACGGAGGAAGAACGGGGGCGCGAGACGAGAUCGUGGGUGAUCUGGGCUAGUCUAGGACUGGAUCCGGACGUCGCGGCUCCUCGGUCGCAAAAAGUGGUGAGGCGCUCCGAGGAAACGCAAUUGUGGAUGAGGCUAUUCGGGACAGGGACGGGGGCCGAGAAACGGACGGGAAGUGGAAGUCAUUGGAAACUUACCGAGUUGUGA